UUCUCAACUCCAACUUAUUGUGUUUCAGAGGCUCAGAGCUCUUGGUAAUAGGUAAACUUUGUGGGAGAAGUUGGGAAGUGAAGCCAUGGAGAACGGUUACCACGAAAUCCCUGAAAACGCCCCUGAGCAUUGCCCUGGUCCUGAAUCAGAAUCAGCGGGAAAGUCGGAUGCGUGCCAAGGCUGCCCCAAUCAAGAAGUUUGCGCAACUGCUCCUAAAGGGCCCGACCCAGACUUGGUUGCAAUUGCAGAGCGGAUGGCUACUGUGAAGCACAAGAUACUGGUUUUAUCUGGGAAAGGUGGAGUUGGUAAGAGCACCCUCUCUGCCCAACUAUCCUUUGCACUAGCUGGUAUGGACCACCAGGUGGGCCUCCUUGACAUUGACAUAUGUGGUCCAAGCAUCCCAAAGAUGCUUGGUCUAGAAGGGCAGGAUAUUCACCAGAGCAACCUUGGAUGGUCUCCUGUGUACGUUGAAUCCAAUCUUGGGGUCAUGUCAAUUGGUUUCAUGCUUCCCAACCCAGAUGAGGCUGUUAUAUGGAGGGGGCCUCGCAAGAAUGGGUUAAUUAAGCAAUUUUUGAAGGAUGUAUACUGGGGGGAACUUGACUAUCUAGUGGUGGAUGCCCCUCCUGGGACCUCUGAUGAGCACAUCUCAAUUGUCCAAUUCCUCCAGAUGACAGGCAUUGAUGGUGCGAUCAUUGUUACUACUCCACAGCAGGUGUCACUGAUUGAUGUGCGAAAGGAAGUGAGCUUUUGUAAGAAAGUUGGGGUACCUGUGUUGGGGGUGGUGGAGAACAUGAGUGGGUUGCAGCAGCCAUUGACAGAUUUCAGGUUCAUGAAGGUUACUGAGAGUGGGGAGGAGGCAGAUGUAACAGAGUGGGCAAAAGAAUACAUGAGAGAGAAGGCACCAGAAAUGCUGGAUUUAGUGGUUUGGGGAGAAGUGUUUGACAGUAGCAAGGGUGGUGCAGCAAAGAUGUGCAAGGAGAUGGAAGUGCCCUUCCUUGGGAAGGUGCCCAUGGACCCCCAGUUGUGCAAAGCAGCUGAGGAAGGCCGAUCAUGCUUCACCGAUCAGAAAUGCCUGGCCAGUGCACCUGCUCUUAAGAAAAUCAUAGAAAAAAUAGUGGCAAACUAUACAGUUGAAACCUCUAUGGAUGAUAGUGCUUAAGCAAGAUCUGGCUGAUUUUCACCUUUGAAGAAUGAGAUUUUGUUUUCUAUUUAUAAUUUUUCCAUAAUUUUGUUUCAACUCCCCUGCCUC